AUGUGGUUGAGGUGCAAACUUCUUGACCACCAAGCCACCCCUGCUGAAUGGCAUAUUCCAGAGAAAAAGCCAUCAGAUAGCUGGCCCGAUAAAGGACAGCUUGAAUUCAUUGACUACAGGACUCGUUACAGAAGUGGUUUGGAUCUUGUCUUAAAGGGAAUAAGCUGUACCAUAAAACCAAAGGAAAAGAUGGGCAUUGUUGGACGUACUGGAGCUGGCAAGUCAUCGUUAACACUGUCAUUGUUUCGUAUUAUUGAAGCUGAUAAAGGCUGCAUUGUAAUUGAUGGCCACAACAUAGCUAAUAUGGGUCUCCAUGAUCUUCGAACCAAGCUCACAAUUCUUCCACAGGACCCUUUAAUAUUUUCUGGUACUUUGCGUAUGAAUCUUGAUCCCCUUGACAACUAUGAAGACAACCAAUUAUGGACAUCUCUGGAAUUGGCUCACCUGAAGAGAUUUGUGGAGACAUUACCAAAUGGUCUUGCUUAUGAGUGUGGGGAAGGUGGACAGAAUUUAAGUAUAGGACAACGACAACUUGUCUGUCUUGCAAGAGCAUUAUUGAGAAAAACCAAAGUAUUGGUUCUUGAUGAAGCCACUGCUGCUGUCGACAUGGAAACAGACGAUCUAAUUCAAAAGACUAUUCGAAGUGAAUUCAAAGACUGCACCAUCUUAACAAUUGCCCAUAGAUUACACACUGUGAUAGAUUAUGACAAAAUUAUGGUUCUUGACAAUGGAGUAAUCUGUGAAUUUGAUUCGCCAAAACAUCUUUUAAAGAACAAAAAUUCUAUAUUCUAUGGAAUGGCAAAAAAUUCAGGAAUAGUUUCCUGA